CACGCACGCACGCACGCACGCACGCACACGGCAGGUAACUCCUCGUAGAAAGUCUUCUUAAACAAGUCGAGAUUGCGAGCCAGCGGCGGAUCGCACAUCCUUUGUGCUCCCUUCCCACAACCACACACAUUGAGCUUCAGCUCUGUAGCAUCGGCAUUUCUGCUCGUGACCCUCUCUUGCAUUCGCAAGCAGCGAUCGAUCCGCUCUCGCAAGCUUCUGCACUGAGCCGCGCCGUCGUGCUCAUCAUCUCCGGCACACGACACUCCUACUCGAACAUAUUCGCCCCGCUCGAAACACCAUGUCUGACGCCAAGCCUAUUCCCCACACCAAUGGCACCAUUGGGCACGACAACAGCAUUCCGGUGCCGCCAGUGAAGGGCAACAAGUCGUUUGUGCUGCAAGCAGUGGACAAGACGGUGUUCGAAGAGCGACCCAUUCCGACGUUGAAGCCGAAUCAAGUGCAAGUGAAUGUCCGUCAGACUGGAAUUUGCGGCAGCGAUGUGCACUACUGGAAGCAUGGACGCAUCGGAGACUUUGUCCUCACAUCCCCCAUGGUGUUGGGACACGAAUCGGCAGGAAUCGUGACUGCGGUGGGAUCGGAUGUCAAAUCUCACAGCAUUGGCGAUCGAGUGGCUUUGGAACCGGGCGUGCCUUGUUUCACUUGCGAUACGGACAAGGCGGGUCAUUACAAUUUCUGCAGGGACUUGGAAUUCGCAGCUACGCCUCCUUACGACGGAACGUUGGCCACAUACUACAAUCUUCACGCUAGCUUUGCUCACAAGGUGCCAGACAAUUUGACGCUGGAAGAGGCUAGCUUGAUGGAACCGCUUGGCGUGGCAGUGCAGGCAGCCGUCAGACAGGGACACGUCAGAGCUUUGCAAAACGUCGUCGUCUUUGGUGCCGGUCCUAUCGGACUGCUGACCGGUGCAGUGGCCAAAGCUUACGGAGCCAAACGAGUCAUCCUCGUCGACAUUGUUGCAUCCAAAUUGGAGUUUGCCAAAUCCUUUUGCGCAACAGACACGUUCAUCCCCACUCGUCCAGCAGAGGGAGAGACGGCGAUGGAAGCUGCAGAAAGGAACGCUCUAGCGCUGAAGGGGCAGAUGGGAGUCGACGUGAUCGAUGCAGAUGGAGCAGACUUGGUGUUGGAAUGCACAGGCGCUCCACCGUGCGUGCAGAUGGGCCUCUUCAUGACCCGAGCAAAAGGUCGCUUCGUUCAGGUCGGAAUGGGAAGUCCAGACGUGCUGCUGCCUCUGCACAGGAUCAACAUGAAGGAGCUCGAAGUGACUGGUUCUUUCAGAUACGGUUCGGGCGUCUAUCGAACAGCCAUCGAUCUCGUAUCUCAAGGUCUGGUAGACGUGAAGAGGAUCGUCACGCACAGGUACACUUUCGACGAUGCUAUUCAGGCUUUUGCAGCUACAGCUGCUGGCAAGGGAGAGGAUGGAAAGACUUGCAUCAAAGUUCAAAUUUGCCAAGGUCAGGCCCAGUAAGGGCUGAUCGGGCAUGGACCUGUGAAAGAGGGGCCGGCUAACCUCGCAGCGUCUUUCACAAGCUGGGCAAUCUCAUGACAUCUUGUAAUCGCUGCAGGAUUUGCGACGCGCGGAAUGCAGCAGCCACUUAAUUGACCCGU